AUGGACUACGACUACCUUAUAAAAUUAUUAUGUGUUGGUGAUUCAGGAGUAGGUAAAACGAGCUUUCUUUAUAAAUACACUGACGGUGUUUUUCACACUCAAUUUAUUUCCACAGUGGGAAUAGAUUUUAGGGAAAAGACUGUGAUUUAUCAACAGAAUGGAAGACAGCAUCGUAUACAUCUUCAACUUUGGGAUACAGCUGGGCAGGAAAGGUUUCGUAGUUUGACAACAGCAUUUUACCGAGAUGCUAUGGGAUUUCUUUUGUUGUUUGAUUUAACUAAUGAGGCAUCAUUCCUUGAAGUGAGAAACUGGAUUGAGCAAUUAAAGACACACAGCCUUAGCGAUGAUCCAGAUAUAGUACUGUGUGGGCAUAAAUGUGAUCUUCAAGAAAAGCGAUUAGUCAACCCAAAUAGAGCAAGAGAGUUUGCUAAAAACUACAAUCUUCCAUAUUUGGAGACAAGUGCCAAAACUGGACAGAAUAUUGAUCGAGCCAUUGAGAUUCUUCUUGAUAAAGUCAUGUUCAGAAUGGAGACAUCAGUUGAGUAUGCAAUGCUGUGUGCGACUGGACGCCGUCGUCAAUCCCUACAAAAGCUCCAAGCCAAACAGGACCGAAACUUUUGUUCAUGUUAA